UUCGAGACAGACAUCAAAAGUUCAUAAGAAACACUAACCAUCAUCACCAUCAUACUAGGUUAUUCAAUACGACAUCCUUGUCCAUAACCAUAGCCACAACCAUGUUACCUUGGUUUAUUGGCUUUGUUACAAUUACAACAACGAUCCUCAUAUAUCGUGUUGUGAAAUUUGUAACACGCCCUUCACUACAACUCCCUCCAGGUCCUAGACCAUGGCCUAUAAUAGGAAACAUGCCACACCUAGGUCCUGUGCCACACCAUUCAAUAGCAUCCUUGGCUCGUACCUAUGGCCCUUUGAUGCACCUCCGGCUCGGGUUCGUGAACGUCGUGGUGGCGGCGUCGGCCUCCGUGGCCGAGCAAUUCUUGAAGGUUCAUGAUGCCAAUUUUAGUAGCCGGCCACCUAACGCCGGAGCUAAAUACAUAGCUUAUAACUAUCAAGACCUUGUGUUUGCUCCCUACGGUCCACGGUGGCGCUUACUCCGGAAAAUUAGCUCCGUUCAUCUAUUCUCCGGCAAGGCCUUGGAUGAUUUUAAACACUUGCGUCAGGAAGAGGUAGCAAGAUUGACACGCAACUUAGCGAAUUCAGGGUCAAAAGCUGUGAACUUGGGACAAUUACUGAAUGUAUGCACCACAAAUGCAUUGGGAAGGGUAAUGAUUGGACGAAGAGUAUUUAACGAUGGAAAUGGUGGCUGUGAUCCUAGAGCUGAUGAGUUUAAGGCUAUGGUGGUAGAAUUGAUGGUGUUAGCUGGAGUUUUCAAUAUAGGUGAUUUUAUUCCUUCUUUGGAGUGGCUAGACCUUCAAGGAGUGCAAGCUAAGAUGAAAAAAUUACACAAGAGAUUUGAUGCAUUUUUAACCAGCAUUAUUGAGGAAAACAAGAGUUCUUCAAAGAGUGAGAAGCAUAAGGAUCUGUUGAGUACGUUGUUGUCACUUAAAGAGAUUCCGGAUGAUGACGGAAACAAACUCACUGAUACUGAGAUCAAAGCACUACUUCUGAACAUGUUCACAGCUGGGACAGACACUUCGUCAAGCACAACAGAGUGGGCCAUUGCAGAACUGAUCCGGAACCCAAGAAUCAUGGGCCAAGUCCAACAAGAGUUAGACACUGUUGUGGGCCGAGACAGGAAUGUGAGGGAAGAGGAUUUGCCUCACUUACCAUACUUACAAGCAGUGAUUAAGGAAACAUUCCGGUUGCACCCAUCAACCCCUCUUUCACUCCCACGUGUUGCAAAUGAGAGUUGUGAGAUAUUUGGGUAUCACAUUCCAAAGGGUGCCACUCUCUUGGUGAAUGUGUGGGCCAUAGCACGUGACCCCAAAGAAUGGUCUGAGCCAUUAGAGUUCAAACCCGAAAGGUUCCUACUAGGAGGUGAGAAGGUUGAUGUUGAUGUUAGGGGCAAUGACUUUGAGGUUAUACCCUUUGGUGCUGGACGUAGAAUAUGUGCUGGUAUGAGCCUUGGGCUCCGCAUGGUUCAGUUGCUAACUGCAACCCUUGCCCAUUCAUUUAAUUGGGAGCUGGAAAAUGGGCUUAACCCAGAAAAGCUUGACAUGGAAGAAGCCUAUGGGCUUACCCUGCAACGAGCAGUGCCUCUAUCUGUGCACCCAAAGCCCAGGCUCUCUCCACAUGUUUACUCAUCAUCUUCCUGAUUUUCAAGUUCAGAUUUUGGGCUUCUUAUCAGUUGUCCACUUCCCCUUUUCUUGAUGAGGAUCUUUUAAAUAAUAGUAAUAAAAUAUGAAAUGGUAUGGCAGUAUAUUAAUGUGUGAAGGAUCCGAAAUGGGGGAAAGUUUACUUUAAUGUGCUUGAAAUAUAGCAUUGCGUAACAUUGUGUCAAAAUGUUAUCAAUAGUGAUAAAGUAAU